AUGGCAGCCUCCCUCAAACUCUCUAAGUUUGACUCACCUAAUUUUGAGGAUGUAACACUUUUCAGAAGCAUUGUAGGUGCACUUCAGUACCUUUCCCUCACAAGGCCCGAUAUAUCAUUCUCUGUAAACAAAGUGUGCCAAUUUAUGUACUCUCCUAAGCUCCCACAUUGGAGUGCUGUGAAAAGAAUAUUACGAUAUCUUAAAGGCACAAUCAACUAUGGCGUUCAUUUUUCAUCUCAAUCUCCCUUUAUUUUACAAGCAUACUCUGAUGCCGAUUGGGCGGGAUGCCCCGAUGAUCGUCGUUCAACUGGGGGUUUCUGCACUUUCCUUGGUACUUACUUGAUUUCAUGGAGCUCUAAGAAACAAAAAACAAUCGCUAGAUCAAGCACAGAGGCGGAGUACAAGUCGGUUGCCACCUCUGCAGCUGAGCUUAUUUGGCUUCAAAAUGUGAUCCGUGAGCUAGACCUUCCACUUUCUCAAGCUCCAAUUUUAUGGUGUGACAAUAUUGGAGCCACUUACUUGGCUGCCAAUCCCGUCUAG